CAGCUCUCCGCAGUGUUGAUUGGCUGGUUCCUUGUUGAUAUCCUGUCAAUCUACGAGUCAAAGGACUCGGUCAGUGUUUGCUAGCAUAGCAUGCAGCGCUGCAGACCCAACCAGGAAGUCAACAAAGUUGCUAAUUAAUAUUAGCUUCACUUUGAUUUCCAUCCACUAACGCUCAAACAACAGCAUGAGUUCCGCUGGUCCUCCGACGAUUGGGGAUUUAUUCCUCAUCCUCAGCGAGAUGGGGUUCUCACAGGAACAGAUCCAGGCAGCUGUACAGGCAGGGCAUUUUUCUGUGUCAGAUGCGGCUGAGUGGCUCUUGCAGGGUCAGUUUCCACGGCACAGGUUGGUCAAGCAUCCAUCACAGCCAGCUGAGACAGCAUUUUCUGCUUUCAACCCACCCAAAGAGGCAGCAGGCACUUCAGAGACACAGAAAUCUCCUUCUGACAGCAGAGCAUCCCCUUCACUGGUGCUGAGACCAUCAAAAUCAGGUGCCCUGUCCCCAGAGCCGCUACCAGUCGAGUCUCGAAUCAAACAGGACAAGAGUGACUUUGAAGAGCAGCAGAGACAACGUGUUGCGCAGGAGGCCAGAGCAGAGAGAAGACAAAAGAAACAGGAGCGUGAGUUGGUGUUGAAGCGGAUAGCUGAGGAUCGGAGGAGCUUGCAGGAGAAGAACCAGGGCAGCGCUGCCACAGAGACGUCUCCUCCCAGUGGUCAGGGGCAGAGGCUCGGAGGAAAGAUUCAGACUAAUGUGGACAACAACUGCGUCCUCAUGAUUCGGCUCCCAUCCGGCGAGUCCAUGCGUGAGCGUUUCCCAGCUGAUGCUCCUCUGCGCAGCGUUGUGGAGCACAUCACCGGACGCCACCCCUCUCUACCCUCCUUUUCCCUCCUCCAGGGUUUUCCACGGAAACGCUUUGGCGAGGCAGAGCUUGCCUGUUCGCUGCGCACUCUUGGCCUCACGCCCAACGCUGCGCUGUGUAUUCAGACCACUCCACCAGAGACACCCCAGGAUCCUCAGAGUCCUGCAGAUCCACCAUCAGUGGGACAGAAUGUCCUGUCUCCUUGUGAUGUGUCUCCUCAGCCACAGAUCCCUGUCCUGGAGAGGGCGAGAGGACAAGACCGUGUUCUGCCUCCUCCACUACCCAACCAGCUGUGGGAGGAGGCUGUGAAUUACGCAGGGAUACCUGGAGCUGGUCCCUCACUCUCUGGGCCGUCUCACUUCUGGGGCCGUGGCCAGAGGUUGGUUCCCGGUAAUGCUGAGGAAGCUGCUGGCAUCGAGGUUGAUGAGGAGCAAGGAGAAGAGGAAGAACCGCCUAACAUGCUUAACGGAAUGCCGAGGCUGCCUUUCUUUCCAGAGAACCGGAUUCGUGGAGAAUUUGAGCCCAGACACCACUGGCCAGAGCAAGGCAAUCGACUCAGAGAGGCUCCAGAAGAGGACCCCGCAGAGCCUGAAGAUGCAGGAGGUCGGGCAGCGCCUGGAGCUGCAGGUCAGGCUGCAGUGGAGCGUCUUCAGAGAGCUGCACAGCAAGAAGACCCUCGUGCAUCCCAGGGACAACCGUCACCCCCUAAAAGACCCUUCAGGGCACCCAGCGUGCCGUCCCUAUGUGCCUUGGCCACCCGUGCAACUGUCCACCUCAUGACUGCUCCUAGCAUGCAGUACAGCAGCAGCCUGGCAUGCCUCACCCCGGAGCUUGCGGAGCUUCUGCUCAACCACAUGUCCCGUGAGAGGCUCCUGCGUCCCCGCACCUUGGAGCUCUUCUUCGGCUGCCCGUUGCAGAAGUUUGUCCUGAACAACUACCCUUACUCCACCAAUGAGCUCCUGCGGCAGUUACGGGCCUUCACAGCGCUGAAGCAUCUGAGUCUGGUCAACUCACCUCUAAUCACUGACUCUGGGCUGUCAAUCCUGUCCAGCCUGAUCAAACUCCAGUACCUUAACCUGGCCUCCUGUAGCAAACUGACCGACUCCUGUCUGCUGCAUAUCACAGGUUUGAAAAGCCUGUGUUUCCUGUCCCUGGACCAGACAAAAGUGACAGAUGCUGGGAUGGUACUAUAUCUUCAGUCAGCUCCAUCUUCUCUCUCUCAGCUCAGCCUGAACCAGACGGCUGUGACUGAAGCCACACUGGUGGUCCUGCGCGCCUGCGUGCCACAACUGCGGCUCCUCAGCAUCAAGCACACUAAGGUCAGGGAUGUGUCAGCUCUGGCAGAAAUGUCCAGCCUGCAGACUCUCAACCUGGAUGGGACAGGUGUGACGGAGAGCUCCCUGGAGCACCUGGCCACCCACCCUGCCCUGUCUUCCCUCAGUUUGGCAGGAAUCCCCAUAGCGGAUGGCAAUCAGGCCCUGCAGAUCAUCUCAGGUCUUAAGUUGACUCAGCUGACCCUUCCUGGGCGCCACUCUGUGACAGACAGUGGGUUGUCAUUCCUCUCUAGACUGUCUCUGCUCUCAGAGCUGGACCUGACAGACUACACACAAGUCACAGACCAAGGAGUCAGCCAGCUCUCCACCAUGAACAGGUUGAAGAAGCUGUCACUUAGCAACACGCAGGUGACAGAUGCGGGGCUUCCCUCGCUGCGUGGCCUGCAAGAGCUGCAGGAGCUCUGUUUGGACCGAACAGCAGUCACCAGCCGAGGAGUGGCCGAACUCAUCACCUGUCUGCCGCACCUCCAGGUGUUGGGGUUAGCCAGCACUCAGGUGGGGGACACAGUCGUGAAGAGAGGUCUGAUCCGUUGCAAGGAGCUUGUGAAGCUGAAUCUCAGCCGUACACGGAUCACAGACCACGGUCUGAAGUUCCUGAAACACAUGCACCUGGCUCAGGUGAACCUGGACGGCACCGGUGUGACUCUGAUGGGCAUUGCGAGCCUCCUCUCCUUCACCAACAUCAGCAGCAUUCGGGCCAGCAACACUCGCAGCAUUCCUCCUGACGAGGUCUCGGAUGAGGAGUGGGAAGCCCAGUAAGCGUUGAUACUUUGAGUUGGUCCACGCAUACUGUACCAGAGCACGACUCUGACUGCUGUGGUCCCCUUUUAACUCCCCUGAACAUGCUGCCCAAAACAGCAUAACUGAAACACUCCUCCUAUUUGCACUGUUUCAACUGCAGCUUGUGCCACUAAUCUGUCAAUCACGCACGCUACCAAGUUGAAACCUUAAACGGGAGCCUGGUUAUUAAAAACUAGGCCAUCAAUAACGUUUACAUAUAUAGAAUCAAUCCGCAUUUACUUGCAUACACUGCAGCCCUUUGUCUGUGGACAAACUCCACCUGACAAACUUAAAGCUUUAUGUGCAGCCUUAUAGGUUGGAGCAAUCCGUGUUUCUCCUGGUUGGCACUUUUGGAGCUGACUAGCAGUAACAUAUUUAAUGUUGGAAAUGUAACAUAUAACACAGCAUGUAUUUUGAGACUGUAAUGAAUAACAGCCAGGUAUGUGUUUAAGUUAAAUGACAACCUUAAUAACAAAUUGUCAAUUCAACCAAAUGUGGUUGGAUUUUUUUUUUUUUUUUUUUUUUUUUU